CCAAAAGAUGGCGUUGUAAUCGCUAAAUUUGUCAACAGACGACGCCAUUUUGAAGGCCGCGAAUUUCGGGGAGAGGGCAUUUUGCCCGAUAUUUCGUUUGUUUUGAGUGGACUUGAUUGUUUUAAAUGUGUGAAUGAUGAGCAAGUACAUUCAAGUUGCCGAAGAUGAGAACGAGGAGUCGAUGGAAGUCCCACUUGAAGAGGACGGGACGCUCCUGCUGUCCACUCUGAACGCGCAGUUUCCUGGGUCUUGUGGACUAAAGUAUCGUAACCCAGAAUCUGGUGCAAUGCGUGGAAUUCGGCUCUCAGAUGGGCGAUUGUACCCUCCGGAUAAUGAAUGGUCGAAUAGAAUGUAUGUUGCAGUAUUUCCAAAAGAGGGCAACAAGAAAAAAGAGGAUCUUGCAGAACUUUCAUCAGCAGCUGCUCUAAGAAUAAAGCGGGACAGAUCUAUUAAAUGUAGUGACCUCAUUGUCCUAGGACUUCCAUGGAAAAGUGUGGAAGAUGACCUCAAGAAGUACUUUUCCCAGUUUGGUGAACUCCUUAUGGUUCAGGUAAAGAAAGACCCCAAAACUUCCCAUUCAAAAGGGUUUGGAUUUAUACGGUUUGCGGACUAUGAUGCCCAGGUAAAAUGUAUGGCCCAACGUCAUCAUAUAGACGGUAGAUGGUGCGAUGUCCGGAUUCCGAACUCCAAAGUGGAAGCUAAAGACAACCUAGUGAAUAGAAAAGUCUUUGUUGGCAGAUGUACAGAAGAGAUGACUGCCGAAGAUCUCAGGUCCUACUUCAACAAGUUUGGUGAAGUUGUGGACGUUUUCAUUCCUAGACCUUUCCGAGCAUUUGCCUUUGUCACAUUUUCUGAUCCAGAAAUUGCACAAGCACUUUGUGGGGAAGAUCAUAUCAUCAAAGGUGCCAGUGUACAUAUAAGUAACGCUGCACCAAAAACAUAUGAUAAACAGCAAAUGGACACUCGUAAAGGUAGCCUUAAUCAGCAAGCAUACAGUCAGGGUGGUUAUACGCACACCCCUUGGAGUCAGGGUGGAGGGCGUGGCGCAGCACAACCUCACAUACAAGGACAGGUUCCACCAGGUGUGCCAAACAACAUGGGAAUGAGCCUUGGAGCUUUUCAACUCAACCCCGCAAUGAUUGCCGCAGCCCAAGCCAUGCUUAGCGGCCAAGGUGGUUGGGGCCCAGUUGGUAUGGUUAAUCAGCCAGGUGGGCCCACGCCCGUUAGUGGAGGUACACCUCUCCCACCACCAGUCCCCACGGCCGUAGAGGCUCAAACUGCCCAGCCAACCCAACAGCCACAGCCUCCUCAGUCAUUUGGGAGUAUAGGGAGCAAUCAGGUUAGCACAGGCACAGUCGUCUCUGCGGGGAAUAAUAGCUUUUUAGGCUGGGGAGGUAACCAAGGUCAAGAGGUUCCACCACACCAGAGUACAAGUCCCGGUGUCGGAGGGUGGGGUGCGGCCCCUCCAAAACAAGGUGGGGGUGCGUGGAGUUAAAUAUGGACUUUUGUGUUGGUAAUGUAUUUAUUGUUUAAAUGAGUAGGUGGUUGAAGAGUGGUUAAAGAAAUUAUAUUAUCUAUUAAAACUGAUUUAAAUAUUUUAUCUAUAAUCUAUCCCCCUUUUGGAAAGAUAACCUUUUUCCUCACUAAGUGUUGUUUUUUUUCUCUAUAUUUCACAUUUUAAUUUGAGAAAGAUAAAGUAUGAUGUACCACAGUUGUUUUUUGUGCAGAUUUUUUUUUUCUAAUUUGUUUAUAUUUUUUUCUUUGUUGAAAUUACUUUGAAAAACGUUGGUGUUUUUUUUUUCAUGGAAAAUGGUGGUUUGUAUAUUUGGUAUUAAGUGGCUGUUACAUAUUUAUAAAUAAAUUAUAUGCUGGUAAAGCCAUGUGAAACUACCUCUGAAAAAUGAUGUUUAUGCUGUUAAUGCCCAUGAGUAAAAGGUUAAGACUUCAAAAGCCAAAAAUUGUGUCUGCAGUAGUACUUGAGCAUGAAUACAUUUGGUCAUUUUUGGGUUUUUUGUAUAUUUUUUUACUAAACCUGUUAUUUUGCUGAAAUAUUCAUCUUGUUUUUGUUGAGCUGAGGUAUGUGUAGCUGUCAUUUCUUCAGAUUUUGAGGGGGGAAAGGGUGUUCUUGAUUAACCAGAGUUUUAAAGACAGGUUUUGAUAUUUAUUAAGGUUUAUAAAUGUGUUAGUUUGUGUAGGAAUGGAUUGUGAAAAAUAAUGCAGGAACUUUGAAUUUUUUAAGUGAUUUAGAAAAAAAAUGUAUUCAAAAGUGGGAAAAACACCCUGAUUCUUAAGGAAAAGUUGAUGCAUUAGGAACUGUAUCUUGAAAAUUGAGUUGUUUCCCUUGGUUUGGUAAUCUUACCUUUCUGAACAGAUUUUAAUGUGGACAAUUCUUGUACAGAAUAUUUUUGUUUUUUUUAUCAAGUUUUUAAACCAGAUGUUACUUAUUAUAAAUAUCAACUUAAAUAAUUACUCAUUUAAUAAGAGCUUUGGCUCAUGGUUAAUUUAAUAUUAGAUUUCUCUCAUGGUUAAAAUAUACAAUAUACAUGCAAAUGUUUGUGGUAUAUCACUCUCUUUAAAAUGGAGUUUCACAGGUUAUUUUCUCACCACAACAAUACAUGUAAGAAACGGUAUGUCAAACACAAAGGUAAUGUUUAAUGUCUUCUUAUACAUUGAACAUCUGGUUUUUGUCCUCUAGGACAAUUAUUUUCAAAACUUGCUGAUUGGUUUUCUUCCAACAAAGUUCUUUAGCAAUUAUAAGUUUUUUUCCUUUGAAGUAAAUGCUACUGAAAAGAUUUUAUAUAUAGUGUUUAGGGGAUAAAGUGGCAGAAAACAUAGCUUUGAUGUCACUUAAAAGUCUUUGAUGUUUGCUGAGUUAGGAUAACAUUUUUUAUUUAUUUGAAGAAAGAAAAAAAAGCAAAGCACACUGAUAAAUGGUACCAUUAUUGAAUGACUGGAGCAAAUUUGCAAAAGUGUUGGGCAUAGCUUAUAUUCCUUUCAAAAAGGAUAGAAUGUAUUGGGUAAAGUAUACAUGAAGAGGACUUGUAAUCAUAAAAAAACCUGGAGCUGUUUCUUCGAAAGAGGCCAUCUUGUAACCAAAAAUUUAAAAAUAAUUUAUAUUUAUAAGUCUAGAAUUUUAUAGUUAUACAUUAUAACAUUAUGUAUCACUUACAAGCCAGGCUAGUGUACAUAAAUGUUCAAGCUGACUGAUGUCAUUCUGAUUGAAAGUAACUCCUUAUUACAAAAGUGGAUUGUUUCUUAUCCAAAGCUGAGCCAAGUCAUUAUAUGCAAAUAUUAACAGAUUAAGGGUCAAAGUUUACAAGGCGGCCUCUUUCGCUUUGGCGGCUCACAAGUGUGUUGUUACUGCUGCAAAUGGGUUGGUCACCAUGGUGUCAUUGUAUAGGACCUCACUCAUUGGAAAAAUGAUAUGUCAUGUGUAUUGAUUAAAACAGGGAUGUUCAUGCGGGGGAAAAAAUGAAGAUUUUUGAAAAUGAAUUUGUUUGUUUGUUUGUUUGACAGAGAAUAUUGUUACCAGUAUUUUUGAGUUUUAAGAGAGAAUAUUAUAUAUAUUUUAUUUUUUUUAUGUUCUGAUUUUGUUUUGGUAUUUAGACCCACUUAAACCAUGUUUACAAGUAAAAAGAUGGAUAGAUUACUGCCAGUAUUGAGUGAUGUAGUUGAAACCAAAUCAUGUAGAGUAUAUAAUUCAUACACUGAAGAAGGAAGUACCGGUAAUUAAUGCUAGUUGGCAUAAAUCAUGAGUGAAUGUUAAAAAGUUGAUUUGUUAUUAUCAUUUUAAAACCCCAGUUGCCAUAAUGUCUUGAAGAGCAAAUGUUGGGUCACAGAGGCUAAAUGGUAGGUGUGUUGUUAAAAAAAGGGGGUUUUUAUAUUUUAUAAUUUGUAUCAAAUUUGUAUGAAAUUUAAGAUUUAAUCGUCUGAUUUUUGUUGACAUUAAAUGGCAUGUGAAGAUUUUGGCUGUUUAUCAUAUGUAUAAUAAAAUCAUGUAUACAUACUUGUAUAGAAUUUUUGGUAACUUAUAGAUUUUAAAUGAAAUCAAUGUGGUGUAUUAUAUAAUGUGUUUAUGUAUGUAAUUGUUAGGGUUUUUUCUGUUAGUUUUUACCUUGAAAUAGUGUAUUUUUUCUUCUUACUUUUCGCUUUAACACUUUUUAGAACAUAUACAGAUGAUAUGAUAGGAAGUUUUAUUGUAGAUUGUUAAGCUUUCUCGGCUAAAUUUACAUCUUAAAUUUAAACAUAUUUUUACAAGUUUAGAGUUUUUAUCUCGGCAAAUUGGCAAAAUCUUUGCCUUUUAACAAAACCACCAUCGUAAUGAUUAUAUGUUAAUUAAAAAAGAAAUGAUUGUAAAAAUUUGCUUACAGAUGUACAGACCUAGUUUGUAACGGUUUAAGACUCAUUAAGAAAUUUGUGAAUUGAGGUCAGGACAAAACCCCACUUUAUGUCUAAUGGGUAGAGCUGUCAUCGAUAGGGACAAUAUUGAUAUUUUUUCUGCUGAUCAAAAAUCGAUACACAUUUGAAGAAAUCGAUAAUUUUGAUUAUUAGGUUAAGUAUUUAUAUGUUGGUAAAUUAUGAAAAUGUAUCCAAAACAUAUAUAAAAUUAGGUGGCCAUCUCUAACACGAAGCUGUUGUUACAUAAUGGACACAUUUCAUAGCAGUGAUGAAAAAAAAAAAUGGUCAGGAAAAAUCAUGCAAAGUACAUUUAUAAACUGGACACAACAUAUUUGUAUGAAUUUUACUAAAAUCAUUUAAACAGGAAUGAAAGUGAAUUAUAUACAAGAAAUUUAAGGUAUUUAUUGAUACAUCGGUGUGUCGCUAAUUUUUGAUAUUGAUACCAAUGUAUCACCAAUAUGCUUUGCACUUAUUCAAUGACAGCUCUACUGACGGGCUGUUUAAUAAGUGGGAUUUUGUCCUAAACCACCUUAACUUGUAACAUUCUGGACAUAGGCAGUGAUUAUUGUCACCCUGGGUAUGACCUAUUUAAAUGAUUUGAUAAAUGUUACUUUCCUUCCCACCCCCCAUACUGUACUUCCAUACAUGUUAUUUGGUAAUAAAGAAGUUGUACAUAUUUAUGAGUAGGCUGUCUGUUCUGUAUGUAUAUAACCCACAUAGUGUAUUUUGUUUAAUAGUUACAAUAUUUUUUAACGGUAUAUUUUAGAUUUGGUUUUUAUGAGAGUAGAUAAUGUGCGACAAUGUUAAAGAUUUUCGUUUUUUUUAUCAGAUAUCUAGCAUUCCUUUCUUAUUUACACAUGUUCUGUCCUUCUUUUCUGCUUUCUUAGCUUAUUUUUCUAACUGUAAGAAACAGGUGUUAUACACUUUCAUGCACAAUAUGAAAUUUUCCCCUUAUAAGUUAUUGACGCAAGUUACAUUUAUGCAAUGCAGCAUUUUAGUUUACUUAAUACCGGUAAACCACUAUGGAAGGUGACAGCUCGCACUUGAGAUAAAUUCCACAAUUCAGUGUGGCACCCGAGAUCUUUCAUCCAAUAGUAAAGCUGGUAAAAAACACCAUUGUGACAUCUAGAAAUGAAAGGGAAAACAAAAUUUUAAAAUAUUAAUUAUUGAAUUUUCCUUUCUGUUGUCCACAAAAACAGUCAAAAGACUAAAGUAGAUACAUUCUGUAAACACUGAAAAAUAUAAUGCAAUGGAAGAAUGAUUGGUUUGUAAAAAAAAAUAUUUUGUUUUAAGAGCUUUAUUAGUAUAUUCUGUUAUUUUUUGGCUUGAAUGGCAACCUUAGUUUUCACUAAUUGUUUGAAACAAUUUUUGUCAACUUUCAGCCAUUAGUUUUAGUGCUUGUGUUGUUUCUAAAUGGAAAAUUUUAUUCAUUGAUGAAAUUUUGAAACAUCCAAAAAAUUCUAAAUCUGCAGUGAAAAUGUUAGAGUCAUUAGAUAAUGGCAGCUUUUUCAUUUAUUUUAACUUUUUUUUUGUAAAUAAUUGAAACUUGUACAGUCUUAACCUAUAUGUUAAUGUAUCAUUCAAAUGUUUAUCACUGUUUUUAACCUAUUUUUUAAAAGGGAAAAGUGUGUUUGUUGGAAAACUUUGGCCUUUUUUAGCAUCAGGAUUUUAAACAUGAGCUGUUUUAAAUAGAACUUCAAUUUGUAAAAAAUAUUUUUGUUUUUGUUUUAUAAAAUUCUGUGUUUGAAUGCUUUUUCUAAGUUACAUCAGCAUUAUUUUGUCAAAAUAAGCUUUCUUCUUGCGACCUGGCUAAAGAUCUAUAUAUAAAGGGGAAAAAAUCCAAGUUGGACUCGCACUUGUUAACUAUAUUGCGCUAUUAUUCUAGUUUUAUCCUAUAUUUUAUCCACAUUAUUUGCUUGUUUUGGCUUCUUUUUUUAUUAGGCUUACGUUGCUAUUAUUAACACUUUAUUUGAUUAGAUUCCUGUUUUUGUAACUUGGUACUUCUAGACAACUCACUGAAGUUGUAUGACACCGUUUAGGUAUAUAAUACUUGAAGUUGAUGGUAUAUUUUGAUAAUUUAAGACAUACAAGGCAGACAGUAGUAUAAAAAAGAAUGCAAAUUAACAUAAAGAGUGAAUGAAAGAAAAUAUUUAAGUCUUAUAUGACAGGGUUAAGUUCAAUUAAUUUUUGAUUAAAUUGCAGAUUUGAUUUUGUACAAGAGUUUGGCUGGGGUUUUUUUAUUAACAAAAUGCAAUACAGAUUUGUUAGAUCUUUUGUCUGUCAGUUAAAUAAAAGAUGGAUGGUUUGUCAAGAGUUCAUUUGUGGCAGCUUGUUACGUAAAUUCUGAAAUAAUGGAGUAACAAUUACAAUAAAUUAACUGCUUGAAAUCAUUUAUUUUGUAUUGAUAAGCAUUUGAAAUUGUUAAUGUACUAUGUUACAAUAGUAACUGAAUUUUUAAAAGACAAAAUUUGUAAAGAAAAAAUAGAAAGGAAGGUGCAUAAAAUUAUUAUUUUUGCAUUGAUGAGCAGUGAAAUUCGAAAUGUACAAUGUUUAAUAGGUAAAAGAUGAAAAAGAAAUUAUUUUCACCACGCUUUUAAAAUUCCCUUACGUUAUAUGAUACAUAGAUAAGAAAUGCUUUUUUGACAAAAAUUAUUGAAACAAACCGAAGCUUGCAGUUCAGCUGCCUCAGUAUGUAAACAUUGUGGUGUUAUUUGUGUAGGAUGAGUUUUAUUAAAAAAAAAUCAUACUUAACCAAUAUCCAGCUGAAGCUAAAAUUGAUGAGCAUUAUGCCACCAUUCUACGAGCUAGGGCAAUCUGCAUAUCCAUGCAGUCUAACCAGGCCCUAUACUGUUGGCUUUCAAACUAUACAAAAAUUCAGCAUGUUACGGAUUAUUUAAGAAUUGGAUUAUUUUAGAAUUCGGCAAAUUUUUAUAGGUAAAUGUAACGUGUUUUCUUUUAUUCUUUUGUUGGUCAGACUAUAAUGAAUAUUUUGGGUAAUGCAAGGUUCAUGGUUUCUUGUAUAUAUAACAUUUUGUACAGAUUUCAUACGCACACUGGUAAUACAUGUUGUACACAGUGAACGUGAUGGUUUUUUUGUUUGUUUUACUUUGAAUAAUGUUAUUAGACCAAGUGUAGAAAUAUGCUGUACAGGAAAGAGUAAGAAAAAAAGCACAUGUAUAAUUCAUGAAAUAUUGUUAUUUAUCUAUUUCUUAGAAAAUUACUAUUCAUCUUUUAUGUUUUUACAAGUUACAUAUAUUUCUAUUUUUUCGUGUGUUGACUGUAGUGUGUGGUCUUAAGUGUAUGUCUGUUAAUGGGUGUCAUUUUAAUUUGUAUCAACUGUAUAUGCCAGAAAUGAUGAAAAACAUUAUGAAUCAAAUACUGUAUUUAUGCUCCUUAAAAUGUAUUUUGAUCAUGAUUAAUUUAGAGUUAAGUAUUUUACCCUCCUUAUGCUAGAUUUUGAAUAAAUAUUCAUUGUAUUAAUACUGUAAAUUUAGAGUUACAUACCUUUUUCAUAUGCUGAAUUGAUAGUAAAAUACUGUAUUUAUGCUAUGAAUUUAGAGUAAAAUACUGUACUUAUAUUUUGAAUUUAGAGUAAAAUACUGUACUUAUACUGUGAAUUUAGAGUAAAAUACUUUACUUAUACUGUGAAUUUAGAGAAAAAUAUUGUAUUUAUACUAUAAAUUUAGAGUAAAAUAUUGUAUUUUAAGUCUGAAUUUGAAUUAAGAGCAAAUUUCUGUGUUUAUACUGUAAAUUUAGAAUAAACUCUAAGCAGUGAAUUUAGACUAAAAAAUUAUUUAUAUGAUAAUUCCAAGAAGUAUACUGUUCAUUAUACACUAAUUUCACUAAAAGUUGCAAACGUUUGCAUUCAAAGAGAAUGAAAUAAGUAUAAAUUUGUAUAGUAAAAGAUUUUGGUUUCUUUUUAAUGAUCUAAUACAUGUAUAAUACAAUUGAAGUACUUCAUUUCCUUUCUUUGGCUUUGUCCAGUUUCACUUCAGAGGGUAGAUGUAUUGCUAUAUCUCAAUUUUUUCAAAUUAUUUUGCUCUCUUUG